AGCAAUUUGUCAACGGGAGGCUGAAUUGCUUUAAUCAGCGACACAGCCUCCUUCUCAUCAGUGGCGGUCCACAACACAUCCCUUACUGAGGUCCUCGAUAGAAGUCUGUAGACGGCACCAGUGGAGGUGGCACCAUGGUGCAGAAAUACCAGUCCCCCGUCAGGGUCUACAAGUACCCCUUUGAGCUUGUCAUGGCGGCCUACGAGAGGCGCUUCCCCACCUGUCACCUGAUCCCCAUGUUCGUGGGCAGCGACGUGCUGAGCGAGGAACAGAGUGAGGAUGGCUGCAUGCACAACGUGGAGCGCCGCUGCAAGCUGGACGUGGAUGCCCCCCGCCUGCUCAAGAGGAUUGCGGGUGUGGACUACGUGUACUUCAACCAGAGGAACUCCUUGAACCGCCUGGAGAGAACGCUGCACAUCGAGUCCCACAACGAGACCUUCUCCAACAGGGUCAUCAUCCAUGAGCUCUGCUGCUACUCCGUGCAUCCAGAGAACGAUGGCUGGACGUGUUUCGAGCAGUCGGCCAGUCUGGACAUCAAGUCCUUCUUCGGUUUCGAGAGCACCGUUGAGAAGAUCGCCAUGAAGCAGUACGCCAGCAGCAUCAAGAAGGGUAAGGAGAUCAUCGAGUAUUACCUGAACCAGCUGGACGAGGAGGGCAUCACCCACGUGCCCCGCUGGAUGCCCCCCUCUGGCGGAGCCCCCUUAUCCUCCUCCACCUGCCCCUCGUCUUCCUCCUCCUCCACUACCACCACCACCACCACCACCACAACCACUACCAGCACCUCCGCCCCCAACACCACCCUGGCCCAGCGCCCCACAGACCUGCCCAUCACCCCGCUCAUCUCCAUCACGGCCCCCACAGACUCUGGCGCUCCGGGUGCGGCAGGAGGAGCGGCCCCCAGCGGCAGCGCCACAUCACCCCAGCAGGAGGGCCAGGGCAAGGAGGGCACCGGCCCGCCCCCUUCCCCCUCCUCCGGGCAAAACGAGACCAACGCUGGAACUCCGGAUGAUAAGCUGGAUGCGGACUACAUCAAGCGUUACCUAGGAGACCUGACACCUCUGCAGGAGAGUUGUCUGAUCCGGCUACGAGGCUGGCUGCAGGAGACUCACAAGGGCAAGAUCCCCAAGGACGAGCACAUCCUGCGCUUCCUGCGGGCGCGCGACUUCAACAUGGAGAAGGCGCGGGAGAUCCUGUGCCAGUCGCUGACCUGGCGCAAGCAGCACCAGGUGGACUACCUGCUGGAGAACUGGAGCUGCCCGCAGGUGCUGCACGACUACUACACGGGCGGCUGGCACCACCACGACAAGGAUGGCCGUCCUCUGUACAUCCUGCGUCUUGGCCAGAUGGACACCAAAGGCCUGGUGCGCGCCCUGGGGGAGGAGUCACUGCUCAGACACGUGCUGUCCAUCAACGAAGAGGGCCUGAGGCGCUGUGAAGAGAACACCAAAGUGUUUGGUCGGCCAAUCAGUUGCUGGACGUGCCUGGUAGACCUCGAGGGCCUCAACAUGCGUCACCUGUGGCGUCCGGGCGUGAAGGCUCUACUGCGCAUCAUAGAGGUGGUGGAGGCCAACUACCCUGAGACCCUGGGACGCCUGCUCAUCCUGAGAGCCCCCAGAGUCUUCCCCGUACUCUGGACCCUGGUCAGUCCCUUCAUUGAUGAGAACACCAGGAAGAAGUUCUUGAUCUAUGCGGGUAACGACUACCAGGGGCCCGGGGGACUAGUGGACUACAUCGACAAGGAGAUCAUCCCAGACUUCCUCGGAGGAGACUGCAUGUGUGACGUGCCGGAGGGUGGCCUGGUGCCCAAGUCUCUGUACCGCACGCCAGAGGAGCUGGAGAGUGACGACAUCCGGCUGUGGACCGAGACCAUCUACCAGAGUGCCAGCGUCUUCAAGGGAGCACCCCACGAGGUGCUGGUGGAGAUCAUUGACGCCUCCUCGGUCAUCACCUGGGACUUUGACGUGUGCCGGGGGGACGUGGUGUUCAACAUCUACCACUCCAAGAGGGCACCGCAGCCCCCCCGCAAGGACCCGCUGGCCGCCCACGGCAUCACCUCGCCCACGGGCAACAACGUGCAGCUGAUCGACAAGAGCUGGCUACUGGGCCAGGACUACAGCAUGGUGGAGUCUCCACUCACCUGCAAGGAGGGGGAGAGCGUCCAGGGCUCCCAUGUGACGCGGUGGCCGGGCUUCUACAUCCUGCAGUGGCGUUUCCACAACAUGGCCGCCUGUGCCGCCACCAACCUGCCCCGCGUGGACGACGUGCUGGCUACCCUGCAGGUCUCCUCGCACAAGUGCAAGGUCAUGUACUACACCGAGGUGCUGGGCUCUGAAGACUUCAGGGGUUCCAUGACCAGCCUGGGCCCCCCGGGACCAGCAGGUGAUAAAAAGACGGGCUUUUGA